GAAAUCGUUGUUGAUUGUGCAGUUUCACCAUGGUGGCCCUUUGGCUUGGAACUAGUACCACCCCCUAUAGCAAGGAACAAGAAGAGAGAGCUGCCACCCUCCAGAGAGAGAAAAGGGAGCAAAUGGAGAGGAGGGAACUGAUCAAGCAGGCAAAGAUGUUGGCCGUGGUAGAGGAACAGGAGGCGAAGAAGAAGCAGAUGGAAGAAGAAAUGGAAAGGUGGAAGGAGCAGGAGGAGAAGAUGGCAGCAAUAGAGGCUGAAGUAGAGAGAGAAGUGGAAGUCAAAACAGAGGAGCCGUUGGAAAGAAAGACGGGUGAGGCAAGUACGAGUGGGACCACCUCAGAGGAGCAGGAGGAUAUCCAUAGCCUCCACGACGCGGUUCAGACGAACAAUCAGGCGUUUGACCAAGUCAACAGCCACCUCCAGCAGCUGGAGCAACGACCCGUCACCGCCCCCGAUGCUAGCUCCUCCAACACCUCCGAUUGCCUCAAUGCAUUGGAGAUCGAUGUCGGAACCCUCAAGGACGACGCGCAGCUACAACAAACCACCACGCAACAACUGGAGCAGCAGAUCUUUGCCGCCGCCACCAACCCGAGUUCGGCACCGCGUGAGACCACUCCAAAGUUCGAUGGGCAGGAGAUCUUUUGCGAUUUGACGAAGACGGACCUGAUUCUGUGGUUCCGCAAGUUCGAGCUCAAGUUGCAGCUACACCACUUGAUCUUUUACUAUGCGAUGUUGGACCGGUUCGUGCUACUCUACUUCGACGACAUUCUCGUCUAUAGUUGGAUUUUCGAGGAUCAUCUUGAGCACCUUCGACGAGUAUUGGAGACGCUCCGCCGCGCAAAGUACAAAGCCAGCCGCGACAAGUGCGAAUUUGUCCGGCAAGAGCUGGAAUACUUGGGCCAUUUUGUCAGACCGGAGGGCAUCAGUCCGUGGUCAGACAAGAUUCAAGCCAUCCAAGAGUGGUCGGAGCCGCGGAACGUCACGGAUAUUCGUUCGUUCCUUGGCCUUGCUGGCUACUACCAACGUUUUAUCAAGGGAUACUCGAAGAUCGCGGCCCACUUGACCAAGCUUCAAUGCGAGGAUCGACCGUUUGACUUUGGAGAGGAUGCGUGGGAAUCAUUUUUGGCUCUCAAAGUCGCGCUAUUAUCUGUGGAGGUCUUGCACAUAUAUGAUCCGCUAUUGCCAACGCACGUCACUACGGAUGCGUCCGGCUAUGGCAUUGGUGCCGUCCUCGAACAACACGAUGGCGUGGACUGGCACCUGGUCGAGUACUUUAGCAAGAAAGUGCUCGUCGUGCACUCCAUUGAUGAUGCACACAAGGAGCUCCUAGCCUUCGUCCACGCGCUCAAGCGGUGGCGAGACUUCCUCCUUGGUCGAAGUCAAUUCCGAUGGGUAACGGACAACAAUCCGCUGGUCUUCUACAAGACCCAAGACACCGUCAAUAGCACCAUCGCCCGUUGGAUGACUUUCAUCAACCAAUGCGACUUCUUUCUCGAUCACAUUCCGGGGAAGUCCAACCGUUUUGCGGAUGCUCUUUCAUGGCGUCCGGAUCAUUGUACCACAGUCUAUUCGACCUUCGAGAUCGACGACGACCUGCGGGACAGCUUCAUCCGCGGCUACUAAGGCGACCCCAAGUUUCGCGACAAGUAUGCGAAUUGCUC